AUCUUCAGAAACUUCAGAAGCAGGCCCUGGAGACGUCCCAGAAAAUAUUCAUUGUUUCCGAACAAAGGUCACGUGCGGUAGCAACUGUACACAAAAUGGAGGAAGAUGUAACAGAAAUGGAACUGCUUGUUGCAAAAGAAAUGAUUUGAAUCGGAUACCAUCAUCAGAUCAGGACACUCCUCAACAGAACAUUCAAGAGGAAAUGCGCUGUGUACCAACAAAAGGUACAUGUGGAAGCACCUGUACACAAAAUGGCGGUAGAUGUGUGAGAAAUGGAACUGCUUGCUGUCACAAGAAAGAUGAGGACGACAAGAAUAACCUUGUUAGAGAUGGCGGUGCAGCAGAAACUGGUGCGGAGAAUAUUGCAGAUAAUGCUAACGCUACCAUCGUGGAUGAGGGUUAUUUGUUUUACAACGGAAUGACUCUCAGAUGUACCAAGGCAAAAUGUACUAAGAAAUGUACAGAGAGUAGGGGCGGGUUUUGUAUGGAAGGGAAAUGUUGCUACAAGAAAACAGAAAAUGAAGCCCAAUCACAAUGCGCAACAGAGAAGAAACAUGUUUUGAAAGGAAGACCAAUAGUUGCCGGACAAAACACUGAUGAUGAACAUCUUCAUUGCACUGUCGGCGGGUCAUACUUGGCUCGAUGCAAGGGACAAGCAUGUCACUGUCUGAACGCAGGCUCUGGUGAAAGAAUUGGGAAACCAAAAAAGGUUACAUCCAUGGACAAGAUUAAUUGUGACAAAGAACAGAACAAGACAAAACCUAAACGUAUCAGAAUAAUAGUCAAAUUGUCUGAUAAUCCAUUGAGUGCCUACGGUCAGCCUGAAAAGGAUGCCAUGAAGAGUGCUCUCCGAGAUAAUCUCGAAAAGAAGUAUCCAGUUGACGCAGAGAUAGAGCUGUAUGAUGGAAGUGUGAUGGCCAAUGUAAAUCUCGGACUGUGUGCUGAUGAUUGUGCCGCCACUGCACAGACAACUGACCUGUUUUCAAUCUCAACGGCUGUUGUAUCCGAGAUCAAUGAAGGUAGCAUUCUGUUUGAGGUAAAUGGAGAAACAAUUAUACCCUCUGGUGCUGCUAUCCAAGAUAUACAAACGGCAGAGAUGCUGCAAAAUCUUGAGAAGGAGAUGACAAAAACACUUGAAGUAACGGAGAAAGAGAUGAUGGUCACGAUCAUAACAGUUACAGCUGUGGUAGUUGUCGUCUUGUUUGUACUAGGCCUUGCUGUUGCAUGCUAUGGAAAAGAUAAUCCGUCAUACAUAUAUCAUCUAGAAGGUGGACGUUAA